AUGGCAGAGGCUAACAUUUCUGUCACGGAAAGUCAGUUCCAAUGCCCAGUUUGCCUGGAUGUCUUGAAAGAUCCAGCGACCAUUCCCUGUGGUCACACGUACUGCAUGGUGUGCAUUAAUCGCUACUGGGAUCAGGAGAACGCGGGAGACAAUAGUUGCCCGCAAUGUCGGGAUACAUUUAGCCCCCGCCCGGUUUUACGGAGGAACACAAUUCUUGUAGAAGUGGUGGAGAAACUGAAGCUGACGGAACUCGUAAAUGCAUCUGCUCCCGACCGUUAUUUGGGAGGUCUGGGAGAAGUCGCGUGUGACUUUUGCCCAGUUGACCACAAACUCAAAGCUGUUAAGUCAUGCCUGGCAUGCCUGGCCUCUUAUUGUCAGCUACACGUUGUUCCGCAUCGGGAGGUCGGCACUCUGCGGCGGCAUAAACUGGUGGACGCGAUCGAGAGUCUAGCCGAAAGACUCUGUUCACAGCACCGAAUGGGCCUGGAGGGCGGCGGCGGCGACAGCCAGGGCGACUGGACCGGGGACUGUCCGCUCUGCGAGUCAGACCAAGAGGAUCUGAGUAAUGCUGAUGCACAGAGAGCAAGGAGACAGGCGCAGCUUCUGGAGUGUCAGAGGGCGGUGCAAGGCCAGAUUCGGGCCGGGGAGCGGGAGCUGGGGAACUUCCAGCAGGCCCUCGAUUUGCUCAAGUGUUCGUCAUCCGCUGUGGUGGAGGACAGCGAGACUCUGUUCAUCGACCUGGCCCAGCGACUGGAGAAGACGCGGGUGGAGGUGCGGGCCCGGCUGGAGGCCCAGGAAAGGGCAGUGCUGGGCCGGGUGGAGCGGGAGAUGGAGGAGCUGGAGAAGGAGGUGGCCGCGCUGAGGAAGAGGGACACGGAGAUGGGCCAGCUGCUGCUGACAGUAGACAACGCCCACUUCCUGCAGCAUUCACCUAUACCGCCUAUGCCACGGGCCGGCUCUGGGCUCAAGGAAGCUGAAUGCCUGGACGGAACUGCUGUUUCUCGGUUCAACAGUGGCCACAAGAACAAGUGUACCAUCGCACCCUGA